UUGUCACUUAGAGCUGUUUUCGUUAGAACUGAUUUAACUACAGUACGGCACAUUCCUAAGCAAAGAAAAUACAUAAAACUCAUUUCAACAAAUGGCAUAAAGAAAAGUCUCCUCGCUAUCAAAUUCUUGAAAGUGACGCGUGAUAAAAACUGGAUUUUCGACGAGGAAUUCGGAUUACUUCGGCACACAACCCGAAAAACUUUUGCCAAAAGCAAGCUGUCUAACAUGCGGCAGAUCGCAAAGCAAUGUCAUCCACGGUUUAUCCUGGACUUCUUGCCGAUCUUUAAAUGGUUGCCACGUUAUAGCAUUAGAGAUAAUCUGUUUAAUGACAUUAUUGGUGGCUUAACUGUUGGCAUCAUGCACGUUCCACAAGGUGGGUUCAUUAUGCUUCAGUGUUUUGAGGGUGUAUUUGCGGUAGUAAGUUUGAUGUCGGGUAGUUGCAAUCAACGAGUUUCAAGUAUCCUGGAAGCAAAGAGAUACAAUGAAACUAUUUUAAAAAGCUUAGAUGAAGAAACGAGGAUGCAAACCUCAAUUGCAAUAUUGACCUCUCUUACCUUAUGUGUUGGUAUAAUUCAGAUUAUUGCCGGGUUUACUACGGGAGCAUCAGUGCAUGUUUUUACUGCUCAACUUAAUAAAAUUUUGGGAGUUCCUCUGCCGCGUCGCUUUGGAGCUGGAAAACUUCUCCUUGUAGGCCACAGUAUUUUCGACGGCUAUGCUAAUUGGUUCACUUUUGCCCUAUCCUUGGGCACUAUAAUUACUCUGUUUCUUAUAAAAACGUAUAUAGAUCCGAUGAUCAAAAAGAGAUGUCGGAUACCAAUUCCAUAUGAUUUGUUUGUUGUGAGUCCUUUAAUAACUUCGUCUUCACACUUACGCUGCACUUGUACUAUGAUUAUUGGUACGAUUGUUUCUUAUACUGUAAAUCUAAACUCACGUUUUGGUGUAAAGAUCAUAGGACACAUACCUACAGGGCUCCCAUCGCCAUCAUUUCCUGAUGUUUCACUUUUUGGAUAUGUAAUGGGUGAUGCUCUGGCUAUUGCCGUUGUGAGCCUAGUCGUCACUAUAUCGAUGGGAAAGCUUUUCGCGAAGAAACACAAUUACGAAAUUGAUGUUAGGCAGGAAUUCUAUGCCAUGGGAUUUAUGGAAACUCUUUGCUCCUUGUUUCCUGUUUGGCCAGCUUCCACAGCACUUGCUCGAACGCUGGUUUACGAAGCUGCUGGUACUAAAACACAGCUUGCUACCGUAUUCUCUUCCAUCCUGCUGCUUGCAGUCAUAUUUUUCAUCGGCCCAUUUAUUGAAGUAUUGCCCAUUUGCUUCUUGUCUUGUAUCAUUAUAGUCGCACUUAAAGGAAUGUUUAUGCAAUUGAAAACACUAAAGACUUUAUGGCCGAUAUCAAAAACUGAUUUUGCCAUUUUCUUAGUAAGUUUUGCUGCGACAGUGCUCUACGAUGUCAUUGAGGGGCUCGUGAUCGGCGUCGUUUUUGCCGCUGCCUUACUUAUAUUUGGCAUUUUGAAUGCAAAAGUAGUUGAAAUCGGUCGUUUGAGCCAUAGUGAAGGUAAAUCCUACUAUCAGCCUAUUGAAAAGUACAGAGAUGCUGCUAUCAGCGAAGGAGUUUGCUGUGUUCGAUUUUCAGCUCCUAUAGUCUAUAUAAACGCUGAUCAUUUCAAAAAAGGUGUUGAAGAGAUAGCUCGACUACCUGCUCUAGAACGAAGAAGAUUGGAAGAUCUGAGUGAACGAGAGAAAUCUUUAAAGGACAGCCAAAAGGAGCCACCAGUCACACUACGCAGCGUAAAGAUUGUUGCACCUGAUGUGUUAGAGAAAGUGAGUUCUCAUAAAUUCUCGCUUACCGAAGUAAAGCAUGAGCCUGUACGAGCUAUAGUAGUUGAUCUGUCGACAGUCCCUCAUGUUGAUAUUACGGGUGCUAAUUGCCUCAUUGAGAUAUUCAAGGAGCAACGAAAAAAUGGAGUCAGAGUGCUGUAUGCAGCGGCUCCAUUCUGUUCAACCCUUAUGCGGAUCUAUUAUGUUCCGUGUGACUGGGUUAGUGCAGAUCAACUUUACCCUGUACUGACAUUACAAAAAGAUUUACCUUACACAGUAAGCAGCACUUAGCA